AUCACUAGUCUAAUUGUUUUACAAAUUUGAGAAUAAUGGGUUCCAAAGUGAACAUUAUUGUUGGUAUUCUCACAAUUAUGCUUCUUCUAGCUGUCUCAAAUUCGACUCGCAUUUCCAGCACAAUCGACCCAUCUAAGGAGGGUAACGGGAGGAAUAAGGUUCUAAAUGAUUCCAAGUGUUUUGGCAAAUAUGGAGGUGAAGGACUUCAUGGAUACGGAGGUGGCGGUGGCGGCGGUGGUUAUGGCAGCGGAGGCGGAGGCAGUGGAUAUGGAAGUGGAGGUGGCAACGGCCAUGGAUAUGGAAGUGGAGGUGGUGGUAGCGGCUAUGGAGGAGGUGGAGGGGGUUCUGGUAGUGGAGGUGGUGGCGGCUACGAAGGAGGUGGCGAAGGUGGUGGUAGCGAAGGUGGUGGUAGCGGCUAUGGAGGAGGUGGCGGUGGUUCUGGUAGUGGAGGUGGUGGUAGCGGCUAUGGAGGAGGCGGCGGCGGCGGCAGCGGAGGUGAUGGUAGCGGCUAUGGAGGUGGUUAUGGUAGCAGAGUUGAUCCGGAUGCUGUGAAUCAAUCUAAGGAUACUAAGAAGACGACUUCCGUCGUCCAUGACCAAUACGGAGGCGGAGACGGUGGCUCGCGAGGAAAUAUGGCUGGCAGAGGGGGCGGAGGUGUUGGCUAAGAGAGGCAAUUGUACGUAGCCGCUGCCUUUAUGGGUGCUGAGACCAAACUAAUCAUAAAAAGUAGUUGCAAGCUAGGCUCGAAUAUUUUGAAAUAGCAAAAUUCGGAAAAAAAAAAAAAAAACUUAGCUUGCAUGAAAAUUAUAAAUAAUAUGUGGAUAAGCUUCAUUAGUUCCUUCUUUGUGAAUGUCACGUGCUAAAUAUAUGGAUAUUCUAGUGCAAAAAGAUUGUAACUAGUGUUUGAUUUCUUAUUUUCACUCUACUUAAUUAUAUAUAUUAGUAAUA